AUGAAUGCCAGCAUGCUGUCAUACUUACUCUUCUCUUGUUUGCUGCUCUCUGUGCAAGCACAGAAUUGCACUGUCAAUGAAAUUAUCCGGUAUACCAAUCAUCUGCUUAGGAAAAGUUCUGUAAGUUGCCCAUGUAGGGAGACAGCUGUCAGUUCAUGUUCGUGUCUUCCCAUUGCUGAGCCUGGCCACGAAUUGGCAUGUUUUGUGGAAGGAACCAAACACAUGCUGAAAAACAACGUAUCUUCUUCAAAGAGCAUAAUUGAAUGGCUUAAUCAAACCUUUUGGAUUCAACUGGAUAGAAAACUCUGUGAAAGCCUGGCACGCGGGAAUGAAUGCCGGUACAAGACCAAGGGAAAUACGACGGAAUUUUUGAAUAAAAUCCUGAGAACCUAUCAAGCAAUCAACAAAAGCUAG